AUGAACCGAAAUUUUAUUUUUGUAUUCAUUUUAUUAGCUUCGCUUUCAAUAGUCAAUGCUAUUCCUAUUCCACAUAAACUUCUUAAACGAACAACCGAAUUUACAGAAUGUAGACAGUCACCAACGCCGCCCCUACUCUCUGUAGUGAUUUCACCUGAUCCUGUCGUAUCCGGUAACACCGUGACUUUUACUGCUACCGGAUCAUUGAACCAAGAUGUUCCUGAUGGAUCUGACCUUAUUGCUUUCUUUGGAGAUUCUAGUAGUAGCAAGAUUAUAGGGGAUAUCAAGAGGGCGCCUAUGUGCGAUGGUGGAUGUCCAAGAGCUGGAGCUCAAUUCACUAAAACACUGGAUUAUUCGGAUGUACCUGGAUUACCUAACCCAUAUGAUAUUGUAGUUGGCGUUGUGAAAAACACUGAUGUAUUGGCCUGUGCAGUUGCUAUUAAUGUUUAG